AUGACACUGAAACGCAUUCUGGUAAUCGCUGGCUCGGACAGUUCGGGUGGGGCCGGACUAGAAGCAGAUCAGAAGGUCAUCGCAGCCCAUGGCUGCUAUGCUAUGACGGCUACGACUGCACUGACAGCGCAGAACACGCUCGGCGUACAGGAUAUACACCACACGCCGCCGGACUUCGUGCGUAAGCAAAUUGACGCUGUUUGUGAAGAUGUUGGUGUGGAUGUGGUCAAGACUGGCAUGCUUGCCUCCUCCGAGACAAUCUUGAUUGCUGCAGACGCUUUCAGGAGACAUAAGAUCAACACCACUGUUGUUGACCCUGUAAUGGUGUCGACAUCGGGCUCACAGCUCCUUCCUGAGACCGCUAUCUCAACACUAAUUCAAGACCUCCUGCCUUGCACUACACUUCUCACUCCGAACCUUCCCGAGGCACAGCUGCUGCUUAAAACCACUGGUUUGAAUCUCUCUGAUCCUCAAAACGUCCAAGACAUCGUCUCUAUAGCGCACCACAUCAAGUCACUCGGACCAAAAUGGGUAUUGCUAAAGGGUGGCCAUCUACCAUUGACACAUGGCCGCGUAGUAAGCACACAGGACAGUGAUAAAGAAGUUGUUUUGAACAUACUUGUAGGCGAUAGCGGAGUCACGAUACUGGAAAGCCCCUAUCUACAGUCAAAAAACACGCAUGGAACCGGAUGUUCGUUAGCAUCCGCUAUUGCAUGUAACUUGGCUAAGGGAAUGUCGAUGGUCAAGGCGGUGAAGAAGGCAAAUCUGUAUGUUGAAGCAGGAAUCAAGACAGCCGUCGACUUGGGACAGGGAAGUGGCCCAAUCAACCACUUCCAUUCAGUAUACAUGCUGCCUUUCACACCAGGGAAUUUCAUCAGUUACCUGCUGGAUCGGGAUGAUGUGCAAAAGCCGUGGAAAGAGUAUACGCAGCACGAUUUUGUGCAGAGUAUGGGUUCUGGAACAUUGCCAGUGGAGAAAUUUAUGUACUACCUGGUACAAGACUACCUUUUCUUGGUCCAAUUUGCAAGAGCGAACGCACUAUCUGCAUACAAGUCAAGCAACCUGAAAGAUAUCGGCCGCUCCGUGCAACAGGUCGUCACCCUCCAAGAAGAGAUACAGCUGCAUAUCGACUUCUGUAAAGCGUACGGACUGUCAGAAGCUGAUAUCAUCAACGAAGAAGAGGACCAAGCCACUACAGCAUACACACGCUAUGUCCUCGACAUCGGCAUGUCGCAAGACUAUCUCGCCUUACAGAUCGCCCUUCUCCCAUGCCUCAUCGGUUACGGUAUCAUUGCUAAACGUCUCUAUGAAGAUCCCAGCACUGUGAGGGUGGGAAGCAAGUACUGGAAGUGGAUUGAGCAAUACGUAGCAGAGGAAUACAGGGAGGCGAUGAUGAGGGGGAGUGAGCUGGUAGAGAGGCAUGCCGAAGGAUUAAGUCCGAGUAGGGUCGAGGAGUUGGCUGGCAUCUUCAUACACGCCACAAAUAUGGAGAGAGGCUUCUGGGACAUGGGACUCAGGGCUGGCGAGGAAGGAAAUGGCGGCUACGGCGGCGGUUCCAACGGCUACUCCGGUGGUGGAGGCGGCUACGGCGGAGGAGGUGGUUAUGGUGGAGGCGGCUUUGGCGGUGGUCGCGACGGCGACCUCGACACCAUGCCCAAAUUCGAAAAGUCUUUCUACAAGGAGGACCCCGCUGUUACUGCGCGUUCAGCCGCUGAGGUUGCCGAAUACCGCAAGGAGCACCAGAUGACCGUCAAGGGUGAGAACAUCCCCAAGCCCGUCACGACUUUCGACGAGGCUGGCUUCCCGUCCUACGUGAUGAACGAAGUCAAGGCUCAGGGUUUCGCAAAGCCCACUGCUAUUCAGGCUCAGGGUUGGCCCAUGGCUCUCUCUGGUCGCGACGUUGUCGGUGUUGCCGAGACUGGUUCCGGAAAGACGCUUACCUACUGUCUUCCUGCUAUCGUCCACAUCAACGCUCAGCCUCUGCUCGCCCCUGGUGACGGCCCGAUCGUUCUGAUCCUCGCCCCCACUCGUGAGCUUGCUGUCCAAAUUCAACAAGAGAUCAGCAAGUUCGGAAAGUCCUCGCGCAUCCGAAACACCUGCGUCUACGGAGGUGUCCCCAAGGGCCCCCAGAUCCGUGACCUUGCACGCGGUGUUGAGGUGUGCAUCGCCACACCCGGACGUCUCAUCGACAUGCUUGAGGCGGGCAAGACCAACCUCCGCCGUGUUACCUACCUGGUUCUCGACGAGGCUGACCGCAUGCUUGACAUGGGUUUCGAGCCUCAAAUCCGCAAGAUUAUUGGUCAAAUUCGUCCUGACCGUCAAACCUGCAUGUGGUCCGCUACAUGGCCCAAGGAAGUCCGCCAGCUUGCUGCCGACUACCAAAAGGACUGGAUCCAAGUCAACAUCGGCUCCAUGGAUCUGUCUGCUAACCACCGCAUUCAACAAAUCGUUGAGGUCUGCACCGAAUUCGAGAAGCGUGACCGCAUGGCCAAGCACCUCGAGACUAUCAUGAGCGAUAAGGACAACAAGAUUUUGAUCUUCACAGGCACCAAGCGCGUUGCUGACGAGAUCACCCGAUUCCUUCGUCAGGACGGCUGGCCGGCGCUUUCCAUUCACGGUGACAAGCAGCAGAACGAGCGCGACUGGGUCUUGAACGAAUUCAAGACGGGCAAGAGCCCCAUCAUGGUUGCCACCGACGUGGCUUCCCGUGGUAUCGAUGUCCGCAACAUUACUCACGUGUUCAACUAUGACUACCCGAACAACUCGGAGGACUAUGUCCACCGUAUUGGUCGUACUGGUCGUGCUGGCGCUAACGGUACUGCCAUCACCCUCUUCACUACAGACAACUCCAAGCAAGCUCGUGAUCUCGUCCAGAUUCUCUCAGAGUCCAAGCAACAGAUCGAUCCUCGCUUGCACGAGAUGGCCCGCUACGGUGGUGGCGGUGGUGGUGGUCGCUGGGGAGGUGGCCGCGGCCGUGGCGGAGGCCGUGGCGGACGUGGUGGCUGGACCGGAGGUAACAGCGAUCCCAUCCGCAACAGCCGCUGGUGA